AUGUUUAUUGAUGUGCUGAUAUGUGGGAAUGAGAGAGGAGAUUGGAGGUUGACAGGUAUGCAUGGUGAACCAAAUAGAAGUCUAAGGAAAAAAACAUGGGAUCUCAUGAAUGAGCUGAACAAUAAAAUGAACUUACCUUGGUACAUCAUUGGUGACCUUAAUAAUGUGACUUCUCAAGGAGACAAGAGAGGAGGCAACCCUUACCCGAAUUGGCUUGUGGGCGGUUUUAAUGAAGCUCUUGCUGAAUGUAGUCUACAUGAUUUAGAGCUGUGUGGUUAUCCUUACACUUGGGAGAAAAGUCGUGGUACUGUGGAUUGGGUGGAGGUUCGUAUUGACCGCGCCUUGGUUAAUCAAGCUUGUCAAUUAUUGAAAAAAAUAGUUGGUUGUGGGGAGGUGUUGAUGGAGUGGGGAAAGGAUUACUCGGGAAAUUUUGCUAAAAGAGUAAAAGAUUGUAAGUUGGAGGUGAAGAGGUGGAAGAAAGGCAGGGAUGCGAUUUCUGUUGAGAAUUAUAAACUUGCUUCGGGUAAACUUGUUGAAGUGUUGCUGCAGAAAGAAUUGUUUUGGAAGCAGAGAAGUAAACAACCCUGGUUGUGUGAAGGUGAUAAUAACUCGAAGUACUUUCAUGCUGUUGCUACAACAAGAAGAAGAAAUAACUCAAUUCAAAAACUGCGUGAUGAUUCUGGGAAUUGGGUCGACUGGCAGAAUGGCCUUCCCACGUCUAUUCCAGCUGCAAUUUCGAAUGAUCACAACCUGCAAUUGUUGGAACCGGUUAUGGAGGAUGAGAUUAGGCGUGCACUCUUUCAAAUGCAUCCGGAUAAAUCUUCGGGUCCCGAUGGAAUGACUUCUGACUUUUAUCAAAAAAGUUGGAACAUUGUUGGUGGGGAUAUUAUUAAGUUGGUCCAGAAUUUUUUUGUCUCAGGUUCCUUUCCAAGAGACUUAAAUAAGACUAAUAUUGUGCUUAUUCCUAAGAAGAAACAGCCCCAAGUGAUGAAUGAUCUUGGACCAAUAUCAUUGUGUAAUGUGGUAUAUAAGAUUAUUUCUAAGGUGUUGGCGAUUAGAAUUAAACAAGUGCUGCCUUUUGUCAUAUCGGAUAACCAAAGUUCUUUUAUUCCGGGUCGUUUGAUUUCAGAUAAUAUUACAAUUGCUUUUGAAAUCAUGCAUUAUCUGAAAAGGAAAAGAAGUGGCAAGGAGGGUUAUAUGGCUCUUAAACUGGACAUGAGUAAGGCCUAUGAUCGGUUUGCGCAAGGUGAUCCGCUCUCUCCGUUUCUCUUUUUGAUUUGUGCGGAGGGUCUUUCAUAUUUACUAAAAUAUUAUGAGAGGCAUCAUCUUUUGACUGGGUGUCGUGUGGCGAGAGGAGCUCCUAUGGUCUCUCAUAUGCUCUUUGCGGAUGAUAGCUAUGUGUACUGUAAAGCUAAUGAAAGGGAAGCUCAAAAUGUUAUACGCUUGCUGCAUUCCUAUGCACUUGCUUCUAGACAACAAGUUAACUUUGCCAAGUCUUCUGUUUUCUUUAGCAAGAACACUACGACUGAUGUGAGUAACAGAAUGUGUGGUCUAAUGGGGUUGAGAGAGGCAUCAGAUGAUAGCUUUUAUUUGGGUCUUCCUUGUAUUAUGGGUAGAAACAAGAACGCCAUUCUGGGGUUCUUGAAGGAGAAGAUGAGGAAGAGAAUUUUUAGUUGGGGAAACUAA